CCCAGUAGUAACACGACUCCUCAUAUUUAUACUUGGCAGCUCUCUGCACACGUCACCAUGCUGGAACCACUCGAACCCUAAGAUUGUGGGGUUAAAUUUGCUGGGGAUUGCUGGUCCUCUUCGCGGCAAAGGAAGAGGGAGCUACUUUGGGGGAGACAGCGGAAAGCACGAAAUUACUUGGUUGGUGUUUGCGGCUGAGUUCACCUGGCGGCAACUUGGUUGGAGAUUGAUCAUACAGCGGGCAUAUCAAUAAGAUUUAGGGAUGGAUAGAAGUUUCGCUAAGGAGCUUUACUCGGAAAGCUUGGAUCUUGCUACUGCCCAAUUGGCUGAUCCAGCCACACCCGGCUAUUAUUGAACAAUUUUAUGUUGGAAUCAGUGGUUGAAUCAUCAUGACUUAGUCUGCCACAUGAUCUCUAUCUGGUGUUUGUGCACAUAAUACAACAGUGGAUUUGUCAAAGUCUGGGCUUUCCUUCUUUAUACCUAGCUUAUAGCAUUGAACAAAAAAAUGUCAUUGGAAGGGCAUAGAUGUGUAACCUUUUCAACCUACCAGAGCUUACACGGCUUCUAUAUCAACUAUGCAAUAGUGAAUCACCAUGUAUUAGAAAAAGAAUACCUUCCUUUUCCUUUUCGUUUAUUUUGGGAUCAGUCUGUGUUUUGCGUGGAAGCCCUUCUUUGCAUAGCCUUUCAAGGGCAUGAACUUUUGUUCGACCUAAUUUGAGGUUAUGUGAAGGCGACUUGCAGGAUGAUAAUGAUGAUGGAUCUCUGUGGGGUGGUUCAGAAGAUGGAUUGGAUAAACCUUCUGAUUUGGAUAGGGAGUGGCAGAAGAGACGCGACGAGUUUCAUGCAGUAAAUUUUUUAAUUUUUUUCAAGCUUGCUUGUAGUUUCUAAGCCUAUUUUUGAAUUGUCCUCUGUACAUGUUUCUUGAACAAGUAUGUUAAUCUUGUUUGGAAAAACACCAGAUUGGAUAUCGUGAUGGCCUGAUUGCAGGGAAAGAAACUAUUGCUCAAGAGGGAUUCAACAUUGGGUUUAAGCAGUCAGUGAUUGCAGGAUACAACUGGGGCACCGUUAGGGGCGUUACUAGCGCGCUUUCUUCCUUGCCGGAUGGUUUGAAGGAAAAAUUGGUUCAACCAGAGGAAAAAAGAGAGAAAUUUCACGAAUUGUAUGAGUCGGUGAAUUCUAUUACAACGACCAAUGCUCUCAAGCUAUUUCAUGAAGAUGUACUAGCAGAGGAGGCGGCAGGGAAGAAGAUAAAACAGAGCGAAACAGGUGCAGAGCCGCAAAAGGGAAGCUCCAGCCAUCUAGGAAUUUAUGUUGAAGAGCUUCAGUCCCUUCUUCGUGAUUAUCCAGCGAUUCAGUCAAAUCCUUUGGCAAGGUAGAGAAUGGGAACAUUUGCUAACAAGUAGCAUAUCAUGAACAAACUUUUAUACCGUUACUAGUAGAGAAUGAUUUGGACUUCGCUACUUUUUUUUUUAUGAUCUUGUCGAUGUCCAUUAAGUAUAGGCUGAGGCACUAACUCAUGGGUUUAAAGGGUACACAAAUAAAACCCAGACCUGACCACGAAUCCACUAAAAAACUGCCAACAAAAGACUAGGCUGCCAGAUAGCGGUCAGAAUGGUUAACCGAAGAAUGGUUUGGAAUUGGAAUUUGAUUGGAAGAACCCAAGAAAACAAUUUUGUCCAUAAACCUCUUUCCUCUUCUCUCUGUCUUCUUCUUCUUCCUAUUUUUCUCUAAAUUUUCAGAGUUAUUUUCUUCAUCCACUUCAAUUCAUUGAUUCAAUCAUGUCUUCUUCAUUGACUUCAAUUAAAUCCUUUCAAGAAAUCUUCAAUUUCAUAAACCAUUUCACUCAUUGGUACCUACCAGAUUCAUCGUUCCUUCUAUGGACGCUCUACUUCAAGAAUUCCCUUUCCAACUCUCUAUCUUCUUUCAUCUUCACUAUAUCAAGGCAUGGAUUGAGAUUAUGGAAGGGUCUACUUCCUCCUUCAGGUACAAGAAAUAGGAAUUAUUUUAGCCUAAUCCUUUGGUUGUGAAACAAGGUAGAAGACGACAGCAGUGAAGGAAGCCGCUGGUGACUGUUGCUAAAGGAGGUUGCAGAUCAAUAAAUCUUUGACUGAUAGAGCUUUAUGACGGUGCAGAUUUGCGCUAUUUCCAGAAGUG